AUGGCUUUAUCGGCGACCAUCGAGAAGGACAUUGCUAUCGCAUGUAUAUGUUCUACUCUAAUUUUAUCAAGAUGCGGCUAUCGUAUUUAUCACUGGUGCAAGGGCCAUGCAGGUUCCCAUAGAAUCUGGCAUGCCGAUGAUAUUUACAUGGCCAUCGCUCUGCUGCCUCUUAUAUCGCGCACCGUCUGCAUCACUUUAUCAUUCCUUUUGAACCCCUCCAGCUCACGCGAGCCUGUAACGGAAGACGAGGCGGCAGCUCAGCACCUAACUGUCCAGGAGCUUGAACAUGAUCGGAUCGUCGGACUACAACUACUAGUUGGCACCCGAUUGAGUUACACUCUGAUUCUUUGGAUUCUGAAAGCUGCUCUGCUUUCAUUCUACUCUCGUUUCGUUCGGGUGACAAGCUGGGGCAAGGCAACAGUCAAGGUGCUAUGGUGCCUCUUGUUUGUUUCUUGUCUUGUUGUUAUUGUAUCGAUAUUAGCCGAAUGUCGCCCUAUGUCUUUGAUGUGGAGGCUCACUUCUAAGGAAACGCAACCUGUGUGCCAGAAAGGAAUGGUUUACUUCUGGGCCCUGGCAGUAGGCAAUAUCAGCACAGAUAUUGCGUUACUGAUACUGCCUUUCCCGACCCUCGCAGUGGCAAGAUUGAACACGAGGACUAAGAUCCAACUUGGAGUCUUGUUCAGUAUUGGUCUCUUGGUCAUUGCCAUCACAAUUGUGCGAAUACCGCUCAUCCUCAACGAUGCCAUGUCACAAAAGGCUCGGUCCACUUGGGCGACUAUAGAAAUUCUCUGCAGUUGCAUUGUGGCAAACACGCCUUUCUUUUACGGGCUCCUGAGAGAGCUUGGGCAGCACAAGGGUACACAACCUUCAGCCACCGAUCCGAGUAGAUCAGAAGGUCCAUUCUAUCUGCAGAGCAAAGGAGCAGAUCACCGCUCCUAUGAACUGCAGGCUGCAAACAGUGAUGGGAAUAAUAAUUCACAGGAAUUGAUCAUAAUGCCAUAA